AUGAUUCAAUAUGCUUUUUUCAUUUUGGCUGGUUUAGAGAUUAUCGGACAAGUAAAAACAGGCGAAACUACGGGUACAUCUUUGACUUCGAUUACAACUAAAAAUACUCGAAUUCUUGCUACUACAGCUACAUCAACUGCUCCCGUUAACUGUUCUUGUCCAACGAUAGCCACUGCUGUGAAUCCAGCUCCAAGUCCUCCUUAUUCAAUUGAAUCAAUCGGUGUUAGCAACUGUCAGCCUUACACAGCUAGCUAUGUCUGCAAAAGUCUAAACAGCACAAAUCGUUUGGGUAGUUUGGGAUGGGAUGAGAGUGGGAUGCUUCUUUGGAACAAUACGUUCUGUAGCAGUAACUACGUAGCCUAUGAGAUCAUUCUUACAUGCGAUACAAUUCCUGCCCCAGGGGAUACAGACAAUUUUUACAAAUACCAGGGUAGCCUGUGGGCGUUUGAAUUGUGCGUCACCUAUGGAUAUGAUGUGAAGUGUGAUCCAAAUUCAACCACAACCACAGCGACAUCGCCCACAACCACCACGAAAAUAGCUCAAUGCGUUUGCUCAACAGUAGCUUCGAACGUCAGUUCUGCUCCAGGUCCACCGUAUUCUGUUCAGCCAACUGGAGUCAGUAACUGUCAACCCUUUGAUAUCCCCACCACUUGCCAUAGUACAACUUCCACGGAUAUGAUGAGCUUCUUAGCUUGGGAUGAAGGAAGACUAUGGGUCUAUAGAAGAUGUCUAAGUCUUGGCUAUGAUGUAACUUGUGAUUCAAAUCCAACAACGACAUCAAUAAUCACAACAACAACGGCAACCCUUCCACAAUGUGUCUGUCCUACCGUAGCGGUUGAUGUUUCUCAAGCGCCAAGCCCACCGUAUCCUGUUCAACUAACAGAAGCAGACACUUGCAACUCUUUCUCAACAGUUUACACCUGUAACAGCACCAGCCCAUAUGAUUGGAUUACACAAAUUUCUUGGGAUGAUCAAGGAAACCUUCUCAAGAAUAUUUCGUACUGCAGCAAAGAUUAUGCGAGAAACGCACUGCUGAUCACUUGUAACACGAUUGCUGUUUCUAGUAGCACGGUGAACUAUUACAAGUACCAGGGUGCAUUGUGGGCAUAUAAGAAGUGCUUCAACAAUGGAUACAAUGUCAAUUGUUCUCCAAAUUCAACAAAAACUCUUCCUGCGUGUAAUUGUCCUACAGUUGCCAUUAAUGUUAAUCCUGCUCCAAGUCCGCCGUAUUUAAACUUGCCACCAGGAACCGGUGGUUGUCGACCGCUUUUCACGACAUACACUUGUUCGAGUACAACACUCACCGAUUGGAUGACUCUUUUGGCUUGGAAUGAGAAUGGAAACCUCAUUGCAAACUCAUCAUAUUGCAGUCGGGAUAAGAAUGCAAACGAGCUUCCAAUCAGCUGUGAUACAAUGCCAGCUACUAGAGAUAAUGUGAAUUACUAUAAAACAUCGGGAGCACUUUGGGCGUACAAACGAUGCAUCAACAAUGGAUUCAACGCGGCUUGCAGAGACACUACU